AUGUCAUUGCAUAGCACAAAAGCUGAUGAUUUGGAAUAUUCAAAGGCAUCAAUUGUUGGUGUCCCUGAAAAUGAUCCAAGAUUGAAUUCUGCCGUACAUAUUGACUCUCGUUUAUCUUCUAAAUCCAAGAGAUCAGCUUUUGCAUGUGUUAGGUGUCAUCGCUUGAAACAAAAAUGUUUACCUUCAGACCUAGCAGAUAUUUAUAGAAAACCAUGCAGUAAAUGCAAAAGAAUGAGGUUGAAAUGUGUGUUUGAUUUGACAAAACGUAAGAGAAAUAGGAAAAGAAAUAGCAAUAUUACUGACUAUAAACAAGAUGGUUUGUCUAUUGAUAUUAAUAUCGAUGAUUCUGUUCGUUUGAAGAAAUAUGACACUUUUUCAAGUAUCUCUGGUAAAAAAAUAAUAACAGAUAUUCAACCAAAUAAUACGGCAAAUUCCUUACCAGCACCGCAUUCACUGCCCAUACAUAUAUUGCAAUCAGAUGCUGGUGUUUUGCACUCUAAUUUAUUUCCUAACACCUAUUCGAUAAAUAAUGGAGUAACUCAGUUUUCUCAUCAGAAAAUGCAUGCUAAUACUGGUUCUGAUUUUAAUACUUUGAAAAAUGAUAAACGAUUUAAAAACAGCAACGAUACAAAUUCAGAUCUGAAGGUACGCUACAAUUAUCACAUUAGUAGUACUUUUGAGAAUGAUUUAUACUCUCUAUUGAUAGCACAGAAGGAUAAGUUACAAACUUCUAAUAAAAAGUUAGAAGAGAUGUCACACUAUGGAAUUGAACUUUUAAAGAAUACAGAUUUUCCUUUGAAUAUUAGAGAUAUAUUUCUAUUUGAUAUACUUACGGAAGAGGAAGCUACAUUUAGACUAGCUUAUUAUAGAAAUAAUUUUUCAGUCAAAUUUCCUAUCUGCUCUAUCAAGAUUUCAAAAGAUAUCACAGUAAGACAAUUUUGGAAGGAAAAACCUAUUUUGCUUAGUGCUAUUAUGUCCUGUGUUUCGAUAAAGUUGGAUUCAAGUCAAACUACUCUAGAAAAAAAUGUAAGGUUAGAUGGCCUAACAGUUCAUUUAAUAUCCAAUUCAAUUUUUUUAAAAGGUGAAAAAUCAAUUGAACAAAUUGAAUCUAUGUUGACUAUAUGUACAUGGUAUAAUUUUCCUGAAUGGUUUUCGAAAACAAAAUUUCACAUAUUUAAUUAUAUGUGUUGCUCACUUGUUAAAGAUUUAGGACCGACAUCAGUUAGUCAAAUAUUUGGUAUAUUAAGUGACGAGGACCCAGAAUAUCAUAAAUUGAAAGUGACAUCUCCUUUAUUAGGUGUACCGAAUGGUUAUAAUCUGAUAUUAAUGAAUUACAUAUCAUCUAUUAAUAUUUCUAUAUUUUUACGGCAGACUAUUCAAACACCAUGGUCUCCACUGAUUGAACAAGUAUGUAAGUAUUUGGAAACAACUUCAUCCAAUGACCUGCUAUAUCCUGACAAGGGAAAUCGUCAACUAGUUAUAUUUGUCAGGAUAAAUCAUGCACUUGAGGAAAUUCAUUUGUUUUUAUAUGAAAAUAUUUAUACAGAAGAGGUUUUUGAAAGUAUACCUCAUCCUAAUAAGCCAUUGUUAUCCUUAAUAAAUGAAUUAGAAGAACAGCUUGAUAGAUUGAGACUUGAAAUAUCACCCGAUAAUACAAAAGUUCUAUCGUUUUUAUACUCCGUUGACGUUUAUCUGCAUGAAUAUACGAUAAGUAAGUAUAUUCAAAAUAGGUCACAAUACGGAAAUAAUGUCAUUCAAGGAAACACUUUGCCCAAUGAAGUAAAGAUUGCAUUUCUAAAGUGUCAGAAAUAUUGCCAACUCUGCUUAAAAACAUUUUUAAAAUUUGAUUCAGAUUCAAUAUCUAACAUACCUCUUUAUCUGAUCAAUAGGAUUGUAUACACAGUGGGUGUGCUACUCUUAAAAUUAAGGUAUUUUACGAUAGUGUUGGCUGAAUUUCAUUCUUUAGAAGAAAUCACAAAAGGUACUACUAGUUUAAUUAAUCAAGUUACAUUAAAAAUUAAGGAUGCAUCCAUUUUGAACCCAUUCAAUAAUUACUUAAUAAAGAUGCAAUAUGUCAUAGCAUUAUUUGCUCAAACAUUUGCAACAAAAGUUAAAGAUCUCAUUUCAGUAUCAGUAAUGGAUAGACCGCUAUUAAAUAAACAAAAAAGUAAUCUACAGUUCAAUGAUACUUUCUUAUCGAGUGAUCCUCAUGUGGCAAAUAACAAAAUUUCAGUAACAAAUACUGAAAGUUAUGAACGUGGAAGCAGUAAAAAUCCCUCUAAUGAAGUAAAUUCAGAUGCUUAUGAAUUGACUCCGUGGGUUGACGACAGUUUACAAUUAAAUGAUAUUUUUUCUGAUCUCAAUUCAAUUGAGUCAGGAUAUACAGCUAUGAACGAUGAAUUUUGGAAUUAUUUUUUUGAUUCAACAAAUGUCAUUUAA